UGUUGAAGCUGCUGGUUGUCUCUCUGAUGAUGAUGACGACCAUGAUGAUGAUGAUGACUUCAGCUGCAUCACAGAACUUCUGCUCUAACUCCACGGUGCUGAGGACUCGGACGGCCUGUAGCGCCUGCGGCAUCGUCCUGUUCCAUGUGCAAUGUCCCUUAGGAUACAAACAUACACCAGGGGCCACCACUCAGGCCUGCAAGUAUCACAUCAGGACCCCCAGUCUGAAGUUAGCCAUCGACGGCUGCUCCUCCGAGUGCUACAGAGAGGUGGAGGUGAAGAGCUGCUGUCCAGGAUACUGGGGUCCAGACUGUGCUGAGUGUCCGGACCAGCCUCACAGACCCUGUAGCAGGAGAGGAGUCUGCUCUGAUGGACUGGGAGGAAACGGGACCUGCAGCUGUCAGGUGGGUUUUGCAGGAACUGCAUGUGAGGACUGUGCACCUGGUCGAUAUGGUCCCACCUGCAGCUCAGUGUGUACCUGUGUCCAUGGUCUGUGUGACUCUGGACUGACAGGUAAUGGAAGAUGCACCUGUUUCUCUGGAUACAAAGGUCCAAACUGUGACCAAGAGUCACCUGAGUGUGCUGCCCUCAGCUGUCAGCAGAACUCUCAGUGUAUGGAGGAGGCUCUGACGGGACAGUUUGUGUGUCAGUGUUUACCUGGUUACCAGAAGUCAGGAAAUAAGUGUUUAUCCAUAAACCCGUGUCUCAGGCUGUCCUGUCAUGUCCACGCCUCCUGUGUCCACACGGGUCCAAACCAGCACCUGUGUGCCUGUCACGAUGGUUACACCGGGGAUGGGCGUGUCUGCAUGGCCAUCGAUCCAUGUCAGACCCAACAAGGAGGCUGCACCGCCAAGUCCACCAGAUGUGUCUAUGACGGACCGGGAAAGUCCCACUGUGAGUGUCUUCCUGGUUUUGAGAACCUGUCUAACGGCAGCUGCAGCAUGAGGGACUCGUGUAGAUCUGAUUCCUGCCACAAGAACGCCAACUGUACCACCGUGGGUCCAGGACGAGUCCAGUGUACCUGCCUCCAGGGUUACCUCGGUAACGGUAAAAUUUGUUACGGAAACAUCAUGCAGCGUCUCAACGAGCUGAACACAGAACCUGGAGGACUGUGGAGCGGUCAGCUGAGCAACGCCCUCUCCCUGUUCGGUUCUGUGUCGUGGCCUCUGCAGAAUCUGGGUCCUUUCACUGUCUUCGUCCCGAUCAAUAAAGGCUUCAAAGGAAUUUUGGUGAGGACUCUGACCGCAGACCAGUCCAAAGCUAAAUACCUGUGUAAGAUGCACCUGGUUGCCGGGACGAUGCCCUUUGACUCUCUGAAGAAAAGUGACGUGUUUUACACCCUGACUGGAAAAUCAGCUGAGACAGACACAACCGAGGGGGACGCUCAGACUAAAAUCCGUAUCCAUGGCAGCAGGAAGAAAGGAGUAAUCGUCCAAUCAGAUGUUGUGGCGUCCAACGGGAUGAUCCACCUCAUCAAUAAGCUGAUGGACAGUGUCUCUCCCACCGUGGAGAGUGAUACUGAGGAGAACCUGAUGAAGAUCGUUUCUGACUAUGGAAAGUUUGACAAGUUCAAGUCUUUAUUAGAGAAAACUGAGCUGGCCUCAGUGUUGGAUCUUCCCGGACCCAUCACCGUCUUCGCUCCGACCAGUUCGGCCUUCGACGCCAUGGCUGCAGGACACCUGACUUUCCUCAGCAGCGCUCAGGGUCACAACAAGCUGCUGGAGCUUCUGAGGAACCACAUCGUCCCAUCCACUGCGCUGGAGGUCUACAACGCUGUAUCCAGUCCCAGGAUCGUGACGAUGGCCAAUCAGGUUCUGACGAUGAAUGUGACAGAGAGUGGUCAGAUCCUGGUCAACGGAGCCGCUGUGCUGGAGGCGGCUGUGGAGGCUAAAAACGGACGUCUGUAUGUGGUGGAUGGAGUUCUGACUCCGCCCUCCAUCGAACCUGUGCUGCCCCACAGGUGUGACAUCAGCAAGACCAAGACCAUCAGGGGCGACUGUGUCUCCUGCUCUAAAGUGAAACUGUCUCAGUGCUCGUCUGGACUCUACACGUCCAGCUGUCAGUAUCCCGGCGACUGGCUGCUCACCGCUCUGCAACGUGACUGUAACAACUCCAGCAUGUUGUAUAGGAUUCUAUGGUCCAGACUGCGCUCCCUGUCCAGGUGGAUACCAGACUCCCUGCUCAGGACAUGGUCAGGUCAGACUUUCAACAUGCUCAACACGUUAUCAAGACUGGAGGAAACUGAAGUGUUGUUUUUACAGUGUAUGGAGGGGACUGGAGGAAACUGA